AUGCCGGAGGGGUGGGUGCAGAUAACCACCAUCGGCGGGUACGCCUUCAUGCUGCAAAUCUUCGUCAUCGGCGUGAAGACGGACCUGGGCAUGAUCGUCAAGUCCGGCAAGAAGGCCGUGGCCAUCGCCUUCUUCGGCACCAUCACGCCGCACCUGGCCAUGUACGCUGCCGGCGCCGCGCUCAAGCCGCGCGUGCCGGUGGCGUGGAAAGCCACCUUCAUGCUCACCAACCUCAACGUGGCGACACGGACGGAGAGCUUGGACGGGAACGCGUUGGCGUACUCGAAGGAGAUUUGUCUCGCCGCCGAGCAAUGGCUGACCGUCGUUGUGGAGGCAGUCGUCAUGGCCCUGGAAGUAGAGGAGGAAGCUGCCGCGGCCCCUGAGUUUGCCGCAAUCACUGAUUACCAAGGAGCUGAUCAGUGGGGUGGUGACCAGUGGACCUCUGAUGUUGCUGUGCCGCCUGUUGCUCCUACUGGUGCUGAUUGGGGUGUUGCUCCUGGUGGUCUGUCAUGGGGGAUAGACGACCAACCCGCCCUGCAUUUAGCGACAUAUCAAACAUCAUUGGACGGGGUGAACCUGCAGAUGAUGAAGAGAGAAAAAAGAGGGAAGAAAGGAAUAGAAAACAACGUGAAUACCGCGCACGGAAAAGGGCCGAGGAAACCACCGAACAAAGAGGAGCGGAAUAGAAAGCAACGUCAAUACUGUGCAAGGAAAAAAAACACCGGCAAUACUAACGACUCGUCGACUCCUGAUCAUGGUAUCCGCAAUCUGAUCAUGUUUCGGAAGAUCAGCCCAGAGGGUAAGGUGCAUGUGUAUAACGGUGCUGAUGGCAAAUGGAUUGCUAAUUCUGAAGUGAUCACCCAAGUCAUUGAGUAG